AUGCAUAUAUUUGAAUAUCUAGGGAAGGAGGUACCAGAGGAAAAGUGGAAUAAGAAAGAAGUGUACAGAGUUAUCAAGUCAAGACUCAAAGAGCUUCAUCUGAUAGGGAUUUCCCAUAAUGAUAUUAGACUAGCCAACAUUCAUGUGUCUGUUUCUGGUAAGAUAUCUUUGAUAGAUUUUGGAUUAUCAGACUGCACAAGUAAUGAAGAACACAAGAAGAAUGAUUUUGAGACUCUUGACUACAUAUUGAGAGCAAAUGGUUCUAAUGAAAAUGAUCCUCAAGGCAAACAGUAUGGUCAAGAAAAUGAAAAUUCCUCCUAA